CACAGGAGACUGCAUUCGUUGGAGAGUUGCAGGGCCAAGAUGUUGCUGGACUGUGUGUUGUUGUUGAGGUGAAACUCUUAUAGGGAAGAUCGCUUGAACGUAACCAUGAGCCAGUGGGCCGCCAUUCUGAAGCUGAGUACUGAAUUCCAGGAGAAGGUCAUGGCUCUCUACAGCCAAGAACUCUUUCCUAUGGAGGUGCGACAGUACCUGGCUUCUUGGAUUGAAUCCCAAGACUGGAAGCAGGCAGCUAGAGACCUAUCCUUGGCUAAUGUCCAGUUGCAGAACCUACUUGAGCAUCUGGAUAUCCAGUACAGCCGAUUUGCUCAGGAGCAGGAAAUACUUCAGCAGCGCAACUUCCGCAGAUUUAAAUGUGACAUACAGGCUCGAUAUCAGGCACAUCCUCAAAAUCUUGCAGAGAUAAUCCGAGACAUUUUAUUAUAUGAAAAGCAAAUCCUGUCAGAAGCCAGAGAAGUGCAGUCUCAGGCUGGGCAGCCCGCUCAAGUUUCAAUUGUGACUGGAAGACAGCAAGAGAUUGAAAAGCGUGUAAAUGAACUGGCAGAAAGGGUGCAGUCAGUGGACUGUGAAUUGAAAUUUCUAGAGGAUCUGCAGGAAACAUUUGACUUCAAGUACAAGAACUUUGAGAUUAUGGCAAGGUCACACCCCGAUGACAAACAUUUAAAGAAGAAAAGAGAUGAACUGCAGAGUCUGUUAAAUGAACUGGACAGGAAGCGCAAGGAGGUUUUGGAUCAAAUAAAGGGCCUGCUUGGGUUGUGUGAGACACUUGUCGAAUUCCUGCAGCAGGAAUUAGAUGAGUGGCUGUUAAAGCAAAAACUGGAAUGUAUUGGAGCCCCCACAGAAACAUCUCUCAAGAAUCUUCAGGGCUGGGUAACAAAGACUGCAGAGUGUUUUUUCCAGCUCCACCGCAUUUUCAAGAAUCUCGCAGAACUGCCAUCCCGAAUUUCUUAUGAGGGUGACCCACUGAAAAUAGAUCCACCCAACCUGAUACAGAGGCUUAAUGAAUUGCUGUCCCUUCUUCUCCAGAGAUCCUUUGUGGUAGAUCGUCAGCCAAUCAUGGCCUUUCCGUGUAAACGCCCCCUUGUAUUAAAAACCAGCACACAGUUUUCUGUGAGGGUCAGGCUGCUUGUGAAUCUACCAAAACUUAAAGACAACUUGAAGGUCUCUUUCUGUGUGGAUAAGAAUCCCCCCAGUAUUAAAGGCUAUCGGAAAUUCAAUUUGCUUGGGACACAGAACAAAGCCAUGGAGGAAAUCCAAGGAGAAGGCCUAGUGGCAGACUUUAAACAUUUGAUACUGAAAGAACAGAAAGCUGGUACUGGAGGAAAAGGUGGAAAAGGUGCAAAUGAGGGAUCACUUAGUGUCAUGGAGGAACUCCACCUCAUUACAUUCUCUAUGGAUUUUAAGUACGAGGACCUGAAGAUGAAACUGGAGACUGCCACCUUGCCAUUCAUAGUGAUCUCCAACAUCAGUCAGUUUGUUGUUGCGUGGGCCUCAGUCCUUUGGUUUAAUUUGCUGAGUUCUGACACCAAGGAUGUACAUUUUUUCUCAAAACCCCCAAUGGCUCCCUGGCAGUCGUUAAAAGAAGCACUGAGCUGGCAGUUCUCAUGCACCACUAGGCGAGAGCUGGACACAGACCAGCUGGCAAUGCUGGGGAAGAAACUCUGUGAGGAGACUCCCAGAGACGAGAGCACUGUGUCCUGGAACAAAUUUUGUAAGGAGAAUUUACCCCGUGUUUCUUUCACAUUCUGGGUAUGGUUUGAUUCCGUUCUUGCCCUGGUGAAAGCUCAUCUGGAAAACAUCUGGAAUGACGGGCACGUGAUGGGAUUUGUAAGUCGCAAGAAAGAAGAGAUUCUGCUAAAGGCCGAGAUAUCAGGCACUUUUCUCCUUCGCUUUAGUGAGAGCAUUUGUGGUGGGAUCACGUGCACCUGGGUGGAACAGCAUGAAGAUGGAACCUACACUAUCCGUUCUGUCCAACCAUACACCAAGAAGGAACUCUCUUCCAUCCCACUCACUGAGAUCAUCCGGAACUAUCAGCUUUUGGCUGAGGAAAACAUUCCUGAGAAUCCUCUGAAGUAUCGGUACCCUAACAUACCCAAGGAUGAGGCUUUUGGUCCAUAUUACGAGAAAAGGCCUGAACUAACCCUGCAAUAUGAGCAGUACCUCCAGCGCAAACUGAUUAUUGUCUCUACAAGGCAAGUGGACGAGUUGGAGAGUAAUUUUUCCCCUAGAACAUCUGAAAAUAAUGACAUGGAUGAAUGGAAUUACACCAUUGACGAUGAUGGCCUGGCAGGUAUAGCCAUGAAUAUUGACAGCAUUAUGAUAAAUGCUGACAGUGAUCCAAUGCUGUCUGUUUCACCUGUGGAAUUAUAUCAGGAAUUACUAGUCUAGAAGAUGGAUAUUGUAUUAGAUCAGUUACUACUCAAGACUGGGGUGAUACGUCUUCUCCUGCCUUAAGGCUAAUGCCAGAUGUGGCGUUUUUACGCUGCGUAUUUUCUAAUUCUCUCGGCGGCUGAAAAACACACAAUAUCAUCAUCCAUAGAAAUAACUUAAACAGUCUCGAUGGAAAACACACUAUGUGUAAAUACGCUGGAAAACGCAUUACCACAGACUUUUCAUGCGUUUGCCGAAAAACGCCGAUAUUUGCACAGCAACCUAUUCCUAUGUAUACACAAAAGCAGCUGCCAGACCUUACGGAAAUACGCAGCUUUUUUACUAUUGUGCACUAUUAGCAGCAUGGAAAUGGGAUUUGCUACGUCACCAGUACUAGGCUGAAAAACGCCAUAGUCAGGGGCUGUGUGGCUUGUGCUGCGUUUUUAGGCCACGUCUGGCAUUAGCCUAAAGGAGGAGUGAAGAUUAAUAAAUAGUAGGCUGGAAAUGCUGUUUUGCGCUUCUGUACCAGCCCAUGGCACUCACAGCCCUUUUGCCUGUGCUGAUGCCCCAGUAGCUCCCCAUCUUAUUUUCUAUUGAUUUAAAGCACAUGGCCUGUGUCUGGUACCUGAGCUUAGGAACCAACUCACAAUAUACAGUAUAUAUACAUUAUAAGUCACAAUAGAAGGCUGUAAUUAUGUGCAUUAUGUGUCAGUUCAAGGACCAGUGCUUUAUGUAUUAGAAUAAGCGAUGUAGCCUCACCUUCUUAGAUCGGCGAUUCUCAUAUUCUGUUUGGUGGUUUGCAACAACCCCUAAGUACAGCUUCUCAACAUCUGCACAAAGCACACUGAGUAUGUGCAGUGUCACUGACACUCCUAACAAAAUCCAAGAUGGCGAGCUCCUGUGUAAAAUUUUGAAGGCCUGAAUCAUUACUGUUAUAGAGAUGCUAAACCUUUAGGCUGGUGCACAUGGGUCACAGUAUAUUAAAUUUGGCAAUUCUAGCCAUAAUCAUUUUUAGAGUUUAGUUCUUUUUUAACAUACUGAGCCUGUCCUUUCAGCUUAAAUAAUGUGAAGUGUGCAUGAUUAAUAAGCCACUGUUAGACCUGGGAUGGAUGAUUCCUUUAUGUUUACUUGAAGUUAAACUUGCCAAACUAGCAAUUCAGCAUGUUUCAUUUGGACAAAAAGUUUGAACAGGAUGUGUGUCUUUUCUCAUUCUUAGCUUCUAUUAUACAAUGCAAAUCUGCAUAGGGGCUAAGAGUGGGGUUACAUAUCUCUUGUACAGAUAAACAGGCCAACAUUUCAUUUAGUAUUUCUUUGCAGAUCAUGAGCCAGUUAGCAGAGAUGUUAAAUAUUGGUGAACUGUAAGUGAAUGAAAAAGCUGUGUCUGUAAGGCUUGCCUCACACGUUCUCUCCUCUGCAGGAAAAACGUUAGUGGAGAAAAUGGCCUAGAUCUCCCUGUGAGCUUUGGUUGGACAGGUUUUGGAUUAAGAAAACACAAUUGUGUGUUUUCUGGCCAAAAUCAAAUCCAUGGGUGGGUAUUAAUUAAAAGACAGAUGACCCAGGACAUGCAGGCAGCUGGAGUUCAGUAAAGGGGGCCAUACACUGGCCAACCUUUCAGGGUAUCCAAUUAAUCAACUAGUGUAGCAAAAUGAUGGCUACCAUAUGGAACCUGGAUGUGGAUAGCCUCAUUAUAUCGGACAUGCACAUGCCUAGAUUGUGCACCCAUUGGCAGGGGCAAUGGCAAAUUCAAUUUUCAGGUUGGGACAUAGCUGCAACCACGGGAUGGUCUGUCAAAAUCAACCACAGAGCUGACAUGUAGAUAUUGGUGUUUUAGGUUUAUGCUAUAAACACGUUUAUAUUAGUUAUUAUCAAAGAACAACGAUUUCACGAGCUUUCAGGAUGUAUGAGCUAUUAUUUAAUACUCUGUAUUAAUGUAUACCUCUAAUAAAGCUGUCUGGUUAAUAUCCUUUGUGAAUCUGAAUGAUUCAAGUCAGGCCCAGGGGGAAGUUUGGGGCCAGGCUCGAUCUGAGUAAGUAUUUAUUUAAAUCCAAGAGUGACUUACUCCCUGUGGGCGAGAAUCAUAUAUCCCUAGUGGAGGAUCAUAGGAGUACAAAUACGACAACAUACAGUAUGUCCAGGGCAGUAUGGUCUAAAUUGGCCGAUAUGCCUGACUAAUCUGGAAAUGUGCAGCCACCCUAGAUGAAAGGGUUCAGGUUAGAUAUACAAAGUGUGCAUACUUUAUAUUUAGACCAUCUGCUUUUAGAAUCUUUUUAUACAAUAAUAACAUUGAACAAUAAAUCAUUGUUGAAGAUCUAGUGAACUAUUUUGAUUGUAUUUCUUCAGCUUCAAGUUGUUCAGAUCAUUGCACCCCAUAUAGUCUUUAACUUGGUGUUUGUGUAUCUGCUAUUUGCACUAUUUGUCAACUUGUAAUGCUGUAAUACAAACAAGUUGUCAGUUAUAUAGUGAAUAAUGUACCCCCUGUUGUAAAAUAUAAGGAUAUGGACCAAGGAGACAGGAGGCCUAGCGCUUUUACACAGGUCGUGAAACUCCAAGGUGACUUCUAAUAUCCUCAUAUUUUACAACGGUUGGUACAUUAAUUACUGCAAUACACACGUUUCAGUGAGUCAUGUGACAGAAAUUACGUCACUAAGCACCAAUUAUAACUGAUUACAUCACUAAGCUCCAUUUCUAAGGAUAUCAUUUACAGGAUAUUCAUGGCUCUGGUGUAUUAUAUUACAUUAAACACAAGUAAAUUGUGUCUUUUUUCAUCUUUCCUUGUGUACAGGUUACAUAGAGACAUUAUAAAAGCUCAUACCCAACAAGUACGCUUAUAUUUGCAUACACUAAAACAUACUCUCAUAUAUGUAUAGGUAUGAGCUCUAUUAUCCAUUAAACACAUUUUCUCUGUAAUAUUGAGACAGUAUUAGUAGUUAAUGGUACCUAAAUUGCCUGAAUCCAUGUUAAAAGUAAAUCCUGUUGGGCUUUCUUCUUUGCAAAUGUUUUUUUUAUGAUGAUAUGAUGGUAUUGUAUGCUAUUUGUAUGCAAAAUAAAUGCCUUUCUUUUCUUGGA